AAGGCGCCAUCAUCCCCUGCUCUCUCCUCUCUGCCCCGCCGCUCAAACCCCUAAACCCUAGCCGCACCAGGGCCUCUCCCCUCCUUCCCCGGCUGCGGCGGCGAGCGGCACACCAGUAUCGGACGCAGAGAAGCGCCCAUACUCAGGUUCGGUAGAGAUGCCUCUGGGGCAGCGCGCUGGGGACAAGAGCGAUUCCCGCUACUGCGGGGUGGAGGUGCUCGACUUCCCCGCCGGCGAGGGCCUCCCCGCCGUCCUCAAUCACUCCCUCGCCUCCGCCUUCGACUUCAUCCUCGCCCCGCUGGUCGACCCCAACUACCGGCCCACGCCCGGCGCCGUGCUGCCCGUGUCGGCGUCGGACCUCGUCCUCGGCCCGGCCCAGUGGAGCAACCACGUCGUCGGGAAGAUCAGCGAGUGGAUUGAUUUGGACGCGGAGGACGAGCAGCUCCGGUUGGACUCCGAGCUCACGCUGAAGCAGGAGAUCGCGUGGGCAUCUCACCUCUCGCUGCAGGCAUGCGUUCUUCCUGCCCCCAGGAGAUCUUCUUGUGGCAAUUAUGCUAGAGUUGUGAAUCAAAUUCUGCAAGGCCUGACCAACAUGCAUUUGUGGCUUAGGUUACCUCUGGAGAAGUCGGAGCCAAUGGAUGAUGACCUUGAUAAAGUAAAGAAUAACAACCACAUGAAUGAAAUGGUAGACUCAUGGGAAUUGUGGAAUUCAUUCAGACUGCUAUGUGAUCAUAGUAGCCAACUAUGUGUGGCACUUGAUAUUUCGAGCACACUGCCAUCAAUAAACUCAUUAGGCAGGUGGUUUGGGGAGCCUGUAAGGGCUGCUAUUCUACAAACCAAUGCUUUUCUAACAAAUGGAAGAGGAUAUCCUUGUUUGUCAAAGCAGCAUCAGAGGCUGCUAACUGGAUUUUUUAACCAUUAUGUUCAGGUAAUACUCUCUGGGAGAUCAAAUCACAAUGUUCCCCCAGUAUCUGAAGGAGUUCUCUUAGGUGAUGAGAACCACACUGAAGAUGCCCCUGUUCGACAUGCAUUAAGUCCAUACCUGGACUACACUGCAUACCUAUACCGGAGGAUGGAUCCACUUCCUGAGCAGGAACGCUUUGAGAUCAAUUACAGGGAUUUUUUGCAGUCUCCUCUCCAGCCUCUAAUGGAUAAUUUGGAAGCUCAGACUUAUGAGACAUUUGAGAAGGAUGUUGUGAAGUAUACUCAGUAUCAAAGAGCAGUUGCUAAGGUUUUGGUUGAUAGGGUCCCAGAUGAUGCGGUCUCCACAACUAGGACGGUGCUGAUGGUUGUUGGAGCAGGCCGAGGACCUCUAGUACGAGCAUCAUUGCAGGCUGCUGAAGAAACUGGUCGCAAGUUAAAAGUAUAUGCUGUGGAAAAAAAUCCUAAUGCUGUCAUUACUCUUCAUAGUUUGAUCAAAUUGGAGGGGUGGGAAAGCAUGGUUACUGUAAUUUCUAGCGACAUGAGGUGCUGGGAUGCCCCUGAAAAAGCAGAUAUUUUGGUCAGUGAAUUGCUUGGGUCCUUCGGUGACAAUGAGCUAUCUCCUGAGUGUCUGGAUGGUGCUCAGCGAUUCUUGAAGCCAGAUGGGAUUUCUAUUCCUUCUUCAUACACUAGUUUUAUCCAACCAAUAACAGCAUCAAAGUUGCACAAUGAUAUCAAAGCACACAAAGAUAUUGCACAUUUUGAAACUGCAUAUGUUGUCAAACUACACCGCAUAGCGACACUGGCACCUCCACAACAGGUUUUUACUUUCACACAUCCAAAUUUCUCACCAAAUGCAAGCAAUCAAAGGUAUACCAAGUUGCAAUUUGAAAUGCCACCAGAUAUGGGAUCAUGCCUUGUGCACGGAUUUGCUGGAUAUUUUGACUCUGUUCUAUAUAAGGAUGUUCAUCUUGGAAUUGAGCCAAACACUGCUACACCAAACAUGUUUAGCUGGUUCCCGAUCUUCUUCCCGUUGAGAAAGCCCAUCUACGUGCCCGACGGAUCUCCUAUAGAAGUGCACUUCUGGCGGUGCUGUGCUCCCACAAAGGUGUGGUACGAGUGGGCUGUGACGACACCGACUCCGUCACCCAUCCAUAACAGCAAUGGCCGGUCAUAUUGGGUUGGUCUUUAAGUCACCAAGAUCAUUGUGGUCUUGUAUUUUGUAACAGGGAAAAAAAAAGAUUUAGGCAUACUAAUAUCUGGAGUUCCGCUGGUGCCUGGAAGGAUCCUUGAGAGUUUCAAGCAUGUGCUGAUCAAAGGUCAAAGGACAUCAUCCGGUUCAAGCUGGUGCCUGGAGGAACAUUGGAACUUGUAUCUCAAAGGGGUCGUUCGGCUUCCAAGUUCCAACGUUGUGUGCUCGAUUUUGAUAGCAUUAUUAGGUAUUUGACUUGCAAUUUUGCAAUAUUUCUUGUUUCGUCAAUUCUGAAAUUUUCUCCUUGAUAAGUCUCUGUUGCUUCUGCUGCUUUUCUACCGCCCCCGAUUUGCUUGUGACUAGGGCUUGUUAUCUUUAUUUUCUUGGCGACUAAGAUUUGUAACUGUUGUUUCGCGGGAACAUGAACUUGAUCAGGUUUUAACAAACGUACGAUAUGACAUUCAGAAUUAAAUUAAA